AUUGUCUAUGAAAUAUAGUAAGAAUCUUCGGAUAAAGUGUCUUUUGCAACCUAAAGUUACCUACUUUUAUCUUCAUUUCAAUAGCCACCAGACAGAGAUUAGCAGAUUCUCUGGUCAAGAUAGACACUAACUAAUAUCUUAUUCUUUAAUGAAACUAACAAAUCCAUUUCAAUCCUUUGACUGGCUCACUGAUGAGCAAUGAAUCAAUGGACAUACUUGUUCAAAUAUUCUCGCAAACUGUUGAGCAUCAGGCCAGGACUGUCUAGAGAAUGGCUUGAUGGCGACGAGACGAUUACCUUCAAGCUUUCCUCUGUAAACAGCAUUGGGAGCUUUCUCUCCACCUUCAGAACAAUGCAACUGGGACUAAACCCAUUUGUUACUUUCUUCAAUUCACUUAGUUCAAACUCUUUGAAAACUGGAACUUGCUUUUUGUUACCUUCCCGACCACCACCGCCCUCUCACUUCGAUUUCAUUUCUGGUGGUCGGAGAUCUUUUAAACACGCUUUCAAGAACUUCAAAGCUCCACCGGUCUUCUAUUCCGGUGAUAUCUUUUUCCACCCUCCAUCGGUCGACAUGGUCGCCGGUGAGAUCUAUUUCCAAAACGUGGAAGCUCGGAUUUCCGUUAAAGAUGGCUACAACUCGAACCUCUCCACUUUCUCACCUUCCGGUGAUGACAUCUUUGAAGCUGAUGCUAAAUCUUCAUGCGCUAUCGACAAACCCAGGAGUUCUCUCCUUCCGCAUCCAUCUUUGCACCCGCCGUCGGAAAAGAUCUCUUCCCCGACGAGCCCUUUGUUACGCGAAGCCUCCCACUCCGCCGCUCUCGAGAUCUAUCCCAGCAAGCCGGAGAUCUUCCCAGCCGUUGAUCGCCGCAAUUCCGUCGAGCCGCCGCCUCAUACACAUCUCUACGGAUGAGAAAUUAGGGUUUACAGACUGGGCCCAGGAUAUCAUUGUAGUGAGUUUUCAAUAUAGCUUAAAUCCUUUGCAUCAUCUUCAGUGAUCAAAUGCAAAUCGUUAUAGAGAUCUGUCCCUAAAUAAUUAAAUAGAGCACAUUUGCCACAACCGGUUGCUUCAACAACAUCCUAUACAAGUCUUUUAAGUUGUUUGAUUCGCGAAUUUCUACUUCUUUCCCAAUCUUGUAUAGGUUUGGAGGAUUUCGUUCUGGGAGUUCAUUAAUACAGUCGAAUUCUUUUU